AUGUCCAACUACAAGAUCCUGGCGAUUAUUGCGAUUGUCCUUGUGACGCUGGUGUCCGUCGAGGCGCAGCUCUUCGGUGGCUGGAGCCAGCCUUCGUGGGGCUACUCGGCGAGCGGCGUCGGCGUCGACUCCUUCGGAAACACCUUCCAGGGCACACCUGACAACGGCAUCUACCUGUUCUGCAACGGCCACGGAUGUCCCGGACGUGGUCGCAAGUAA